CCUCUUUCCGGGAGCAGCCUCGCGCUCCCGGGCUGCGGGACCAGCCGAGACCCAGGGGGCCUUCCGGGGUGUCGCUGCGGCCAGGCGCGGAGCUUUCCGCGUCUUUCCAUUCGCUCCGGGCCGCCGCCCACUUCAAAUCUGACCCUAGGACCGGCCGGGGGAGGUCUGGCUUCUGGAAGCUGCGCUACAGAGUUGGAAAGCGAAAGCGAUCUGCAAACGGCACCGCCCGCGUCCGCCCCGAGGAACACUACUAAGUUUCGAUUCUCGGUGGAGCUGGGUCCCGCGCGCGGUGGCCGGAGCAGCGACAGCCCGCGAGCGUGCGUGCCAUGGCAGACCCCGGGGUAUGCAGCUUCAUCACCAAGAUCCUGUGCGCGCACGGGGGCCGCAUGACCCUGGAGGAGCUGCUGGGAAAGAUCGCGCUUCCCGAGGCGCAGCUCUGGGAGCUGCUAGAGGCGGCGGGGCCCGACCGCUUCGUGCUACUGGAGCUCGGAGGCCGGGCCGGGAUCACCCGGUCGGUGGUGGCCACCACCCGAGCCCGCGUCUGCCGUCGCAAGUACUGCCAGAGGCCCUGCGACAACCUGCACCUCUGCAAGCUCAACCUGUUGGGCCGGUGCCACUAUUCGCAAGCGGACCGGAACUUAUGCAAAUAUUCUCAUGAAGUUCUCUCAGAACAGAACUUCCAGGUCCUGAAGAAUCAUGAGCUCUCUGGGCUUAACAAAGAGGAACUGGCAGUGCUCCUAGUCCAGAGUGACCCUUUUUUCAUGCCCGAGAUAUGCAAAAGUUAUAAAGGAGAGGGUCGGAAACAGAUCUGUAGCGAGCCACAGCCCUGUGAGAGACUGCACAUCUGUGAACACUUCACCCGAGGGAACUGCAGUUACCUCAACUGCCUCAGGUCCCAUAACUUGAUGGACAGAAAGGUGCUGGCCAUCAUGAAGGAACAUGGCCUGAGUCCAGAUGUGGUCCAGAGCAUCCAAGACAUCUGCAACAGCAAGCACAUCCGGAGGAACCCUCCUGGGUCGAGACCUCCUAAUUCCCAUCGCAGAGCUGCAGCAUCUAGAGGAAGAAGCAAAAGUCGAGACCGUUUCCUUCAGAGCAGCCUAGAAUUUCUCCCCUCUUCCUCAUCUCAGAGGUCUGGUCCACCCAGCCCAGAUGUCGCUAGCUGCGAGGCUCCCCUGGAGGAUGUGCAGACAGAUGACAUAAAUGACCUCAUUAACAAGAUCAAGUAUCUGGGAAGUCAAGACUGUGCUCAGCCUUCCUCCAUCUCCUCUAAGGCUGCUGGUCUUCGAGUAUCCACUCAAAUGGGAAAAAGCCAGAAGUUUUCAGAGAAUGGGGGUCCAGAUGGCUUCUCUUAUAAGAAUCAUUCCAAUUCAUCCCUGAGUCAACGUCCCACCAGCUCGUCUCUUGAUUCUGCACAUAUAUCUGAAGCCAUAACCAUCAGAAAGGGUGUGCCUUCCUCACAGCACAUGGAUGUCAAAGGCAAGAGUGAGAGUCAAAACAUCCAGUAUGUCCCUCUUUUUACUGGUCAUGCUGAUGGAGCAACUGUGGCUGGAACAGCCACAGCAGCUUUAAAUUAUAGAGCCACAGCCAAUGGUCCAAGAGAAAUGGCUUUACCUAGCAACCAUCAAAGCAGUGCAGCUGUACUCUGGGAUCUCCAGACCACUGGCAGAAUCACCAACAGUGACCCAGAUCUGACAUUUCUGAAUGGUAAAUACAAAGAGAAUACACUUCGGGCUGGUAAAUGUAUCCAUAAUGCACUAGUCAAAUCAUGGAUAGAGUCAAAUGGCUCUAGUCAAAUUAUGGAUAAAACUUCUAAAGGUGCUAAAAGUAAUACCAGUGGCUUUGGCUUAAAAGCAGCAGUCACUGGGGAAAAUAAUGCAUUGUGCUCUGGAGGCCAGAGUCUGAAAAGUCAGGUCAUGACCACAGCUGGGGAGACCACUGCCCUUGUGCAGGUCAGCAGGCUGCCUCAGUCACCUCCACCUUCCUCAAGCCACAGAGCUGCAGCCUCUGGGACCCCUGGUAAGAGCUUGGCCCAUGCCUCUGUCGGCCCAGCCAGUGAGCUCGCAAGGACAACCCCAGGCUCUGCUCAGGAGUCCAUGUUUUACACCACAAGUUCCAUACCUACUAGGAUGGAUGAUCAUGAUUCAAAAGAAAUCUGCCCAGAUCAUCUGUACAAGGGUUGUCAACUGAGCAACUGUAGCAAAAUCCACUUUCACCUGCCCUACCGGUGGCAGAUGUUCAUAUCCACCUGGGUGGACUUCCAGGACAUGGAGAACAUCGAGCAGGCCUAUUGUAAUCCCCAAACUGACACCUUUUUGACAGGAAUAUAUGAAAUUAAUUUCCAGAAGAUGACCUUUGGCUCUAAUCCUGUCCGGCGCCUCUCUACUCCUUCAUCUGUCACAAAGCCAGUGAACUCUGUCUUCACCACCAAAUGGCUUUGGUAUUGGAAGAAUGAAUCUAACAAAUGGAUUCAAUAUGGGGGUGAGAACAUCGGCCAGCCCAGUUCCGACAUUGACUCUUCAUACCUGGAGUCUUUCUUCCAGUCCUGGCCCAGGGGAGUUGUGCCAUUUCGGGUGGGUUCUCAGGACUAUGAGCUAAGUUUCCAAGGGAUGAUUCAGACAAAUGUAACUUCUAAGACUCAAAGGGAUGUCAUCCGAAGGCCAGUGUUCAUUUCUUUGAAGGAUAUGGAGCAGCUAAGAAGAGGUCCAGACUAUCAACCAGUUGUGACCAAUACACAGGCUUUGGCCUCGAAUUCUCUUUCCCAGAGGAUUAGUGUCAACUUCCAAUCGAAUGAAUAUGAGUUGCUAGAACUUAAUAGCCAGGAUGAGGAAUAUAUCAGAAUAAGUGAGCAAUUUAAAACUUCAAUGAAGCAGUUCAAGAUUGAAAAGAUGAAGAGGAUCUGGAAUCAAAAGCUCUCGGAUGCUUUUCAAAGGAAAAAGCUACGGAUGAGGAAUAAAGAGGAGGUGCUCCUAUUUCACGCAACACGCCACGCCUAUGUGGAUUAUAUCUGUAAGAAUAAUUUCGAGUGUGCCCUACAUGAGAGUCGUGAAACCAGAUAUGGAAAAGGAAUUUACUUUGCAAAAGAAGCCAUCUAUUCCCAUAAAAAUUGCCCAUACGAUGCCAGAAACAUUGUUAUGUUUGUAGCCCGAGUCCUGGUUGGAGAUUUCAUCGAAGGAAAUAAGAUGUAUACUAGCCUCCCGUCUCUAUAUGAUAGCUGUGUGGACACAAGGUUGAAUCCCUCGGUCUUUGUCAUCUUUGAGAAAGAUCAGAUUUACCCCGCAUACAUGAUUGAAUACUCAGAUACAGACAAAGCCUGUGUAAUUAGUUAGAAACGGUGCAUUAGGCAUUAUCAAGGAUGGCACAACCAUUCAGUUCACUUCUAGGAAUCAGUCACCCCAGAUAAUAGUUAUACUUUCACAUUUCCUUGAUGCAUUACCUAAUGUCUUAAAUCAGCAAUUCUCAAAUGUUGCUGCCCCCAAAUUUGUAUUCCAGGUUGCACCCCAUCCUGAUGAAGUCAAUCCUUCGGGGGACCAGAGCCAGGUGGCACUAUUUUUUAAAGCUCACCUGAGUGUUUUGAAAAGUUUGUGUGGUCUUACCAUCACUGGUCGGGCUGAUUUCUAUAUUGUCUAUAAUUAACUUCGACCUUUCUCAUCAUUCUUUGUCUUUACUGUGUAGCAUUGCUUUGGUUUUGUUUAAAUUGAAAGAAGAUUAAUUUGGGACAUUUGAGAGAAAUGUAAUAAUGCCUAUCGAAAUAAGGACAUAAGACAUUGCAGCCCUGGGAGGAAAACUUGCUGAGGAAAAAAAAAAAAAAAAGUUUAAAAGUUCAAUGUAAAUGCUAUUGACAGACACGGAUACAGUAUGCAAUACCAUACAUUAUCAUGCGAUGAAAUUGAUCAGAGGUACACCUUUGCGUUUACUUACAAGCCAGACUCUGUGGGAUUGAUGCUGUGUCUCUGAAAUAUAAUACUAAGAGCCAUCAAGUAUAGUUCAGAGAAAAGCAACCAUCUGGGGUUAAUUGCCCAUUUAGGCUCGUGACAUUUAUAUUUGAAUUAACAUGAUCACAGAGAAAGCUUUUUACAGGUCGGGCUUUCAUUAAAUCAUCUGGAUUUUAGUAGGAUUAAGUUGCAAUACCCAGAGUCAUACAAGAAUGACUGAUAAACCUGACUGCUAUUGGAUUUGCUUGCAGUGAUAGAUGAGGUUCACCAAGUUGUCUGGAGCAGGGCCAGCCCUGUUUGAAGGACAGGCCUCUUACGGAGGCAAGACUGGUUUGCUGCUGACCACAAAAGCAGCACAAAGAAAACAGUGUCCCACACAGUCCGUGUACCUGCAAAGGGGCUUUGUUUUAAAAAUAUAGCAGAUGUGCUUUUAGAGCAUUUAUUUCUUUCCUUAUCUGAGUCAGGUUUUUUCUUCCAGUUCUCCUUUUUCAACAUUCUAUGCCAGUUGCCACUAUUUCCUGUUAUAUUCCUUCCAGCAGGCAAUGCUAGUAGUUAAUUAGCAUCACUGUUGAUUUUUCUAUUAGUCAGGUUUUAGAUUGGUACAAAAGGCUUCGCUCUUCCUUCACUUUAAAGGUCUCCACCAGUAACAGUGUAUAGAGAUUUUUUUAGAGUAAGAUUCUUUUCUGGAGCAUUUGCCGCAAAUGAUUUUUUUCAUUCACUGACUUUUUUUUUCAUGGUAGCUUCCAUUUUGGAGUGUUCAUUCCCUGACUUUGACCUUCACACUGUAGAGGUGCAAGAGGUGUGAUUUAUCUGACUGCCCAUUAGACACUUCUACUUGGCUAUUUCUCAGGCAUCUCUGGUUGAACAUGUCCAAAAUGGAGCACUCUAUCUGCCUCCUUCAAAGGACCCUGUCCCUCUCCCAGUAAACAGUACCCCUGGAUCCCAGGUCUAUAGGCAGUAAGCCAGAAGUUCUCCCAGGCUCCUUUCCCUAUCCCUUUACACAUUGAGUCGUUCCAAGUCCAGUUUUGCUUUCUGCGUACAAACCAUCCUGGUCUCCUCUCAGUACCAGGUGCCUUUUGUACCUAGUUCAGUGGUUCUCAACUCUUUUUUUUUUUUUUUUGUAACAUAUGCUUUAUUUAAUCUUCAAAGAACAAUUCAGAGGUGAUGUAUUCUACACAUAGUUCUAUGAAUUAAAAACCAAUCAAAAUUAAUUUUAACAGAAGAGGGGGAAAAAGGCUCAUAACUCAGGCACAGCUUUACAGUACUAAGACAUAAUGAAGCCGUCAGCUGUUUACACUUAAAGUGAUUAAAUAUGAGCAUAAAAGAAAGUAAUCAGAGGCUAUUGUGGAUUCAGAGAAGCAUGGGAACACGAGUGGACAUUCGAGUAAAAGCCAAUGGUACAACCAGCUAUUUGCAUAUGUUAACAGUAUGAGUACACGGUAAGAAGGAAAUAACCUUCAUUGAAAUAAAGAUACAAGAGAACCUUCAGAUCGUCGAAGCAGAGGAAAUGAAGAGAUAUAUUCCUGCACACGAGCUGUAGGUCGUAUAUGAAUGUCCAGUGAGACAUUCAAAAUUCGCAUAGGGCGCAAAAGAAUUUCUUAUUGUGAGGAACUGCCCAACGUACCCCAAAAUGUUUGCGUACAUGGCUCUCACAUGCUAAAUGCCAGUGGCGCCCUUCCCCCGCCCGCCCGUGGUUAAGACAACCACAGAUCCUACUAGGCCUGUGUACUCUUUUCAGAGAGUAGAUUUCUUUAAUAACACCCUCUUUGCCAACUUGAGAUGAUUCAUAGGUAAUAGAAUCUACACAUACGGGUGCCCUACCUGUAAUUUAGUGCCCUACCUGUAUUAUAAUAGAAACAUAGAAGGUCAGAACAUUGGAAUAAAACAAUGAAUUUUCAUAUGUAAGUGCUUAUACAUGACUAUGCUAUAAGUCAUGAAAUAGAUGUUAACUUUUUAUGAAGAGGUUUGGGCUUAAGAGUCCAGCAGGGCCAACUUCCUGAGAUGAAAUACAGGAAGGUGAAAGAUAAAAGAAGGGUGACGGAAUGAAGUAGUGUUAGGGUAGGCCAUAUCAGACCUUAUCUGUCUAUGGUAAAGAAAGGGGCGGAAUUACCUUAACUGAAAUAAGGAUAAUAAGGCAGGACAAAUUACAAAUUGUCUCAGAGGAAACACAUGAGGUAUACUCUCUCGGACAAGCUGUAGGUCCUCCAUCCAUGUCCAGCAGGACAUUAGACAAUCGUACAAGGUGCAGAGCAACUCGUGUGUGAGACUGACCCAUCCACACACUGCAGGACACGUGUUCUGCCUUGGGCUGCAUCUACACAGAGCCGGCCAUCAUCUUCAGAUACAAAACCAACAACCAUCACUUCCUGGUCUAUUCCAAUGAGAACCACUGACCUAGUUCAUGACUAGCACUCUUGGAGUAAGUCAUUUCUUACUUCCAUUCUAUAUAUCGAUAGAAUAGGUCAGAUCCUUGCCUUCUAAACCCUGGGUUUUAAAAAUGCUUUGUGCCUUGAUUUGUCUGUCUUUAGCAUCUGUCCAAUUUGAUACUGUCUGAUAUCUGCAUUGGAAUGUAAGCUCUGAGUGCAUCUGUUAUUUUGCUCUGCCUGAUGCCCACUCUCCCUAAGAGCUUGAUGCACUGUGCAAAGGAUGAAUCUUGUUAACAAAAUUGUUGAGUUUUACUGCUUCUUCUUGCUUGCUCAAUAAAAAUUAAAAAUGAA